AAUGUAUUAUUUUUGAAUCUUCUACACAUAGCCUAUGUUUUUACAUUUCAUUCACUUAGGGAGUUAAGGGUUCUAGGGAGGAAGAGCACACGUCGCACCUGCGCUUGGGAGAAGUUUGUUUCAUUGGUGUUUGUGACGGAGCAAGCACAGUAUCAGACUGCUCACCAUGCGAUACCUUAACAGUCACUGAGGCUCUCACUGAAUAACCGUCAUAAGUCAUAUCAACUGGAACCAUUGAAUUAAUUUAACCCUUCACCAAGACAGCUUACAGUAUCUGGACUACUGACACAUACUCAUCCAAAGAAAAAGUGACAGUUAUUUCGCGGAAUAUCAAACAGGAACCCUAUUUUAACGGACGGAAUGACUCCCAAUAUAGCCUCAAUAAAAACUUUCUUCACUUUUCAGCUGUUUCUUCAUGUCGUCUCAUCAAGUGGACUGUUAGAAGAAUCUCAUCUGCCAGAUCCACAGCUGUUUCCAUCAGGAGACACACACCAUCAGCAUGUUGGUGGCUCUCUCACACUCAUUUGCAGGGGAUCUACUCCAUUGCAAUGGAGGUUGGAUCACAGGAAUGUGACAUCGGUACAGGCCGAGCCGUGUGAGGAGAGAAUGUACAAGCACUGCAGCAAGCUGGUCAUACACAACCUGAUGCACAACGACACUGGUUUCUACAAUUGCAGUCACCGCAAAUCCAAGGAUCAUGAGGUCUCCACGUAUGUUUUUGUCAAGGACCACAAUCAUCCAUUUGUGGAGGCUUACAGUUAUUCACCAAAACUUCUUUAUGCAUAUCGGGAUGCUCGUGCUUUUGUGGUUCCCUGCAGAACAACAUCCCAUAACCAACAUGUUAUUCUUGAGACUAUGAAUCAUAUGGCAGAUCAUAUAAAAAGUGCAGUGGAAUGGGAUCCAAAGAGAGGCUUCAAGAUCCCCUUGGGACCUAAAGACAGCUACCAAAUGAUUACAUGUGUCACCAGUGUGGAUGACAAGACAUUUUCAUCACACUACAUUCUCUUAAGGAUAACCCCAGUUCUGGAGAACGUCCGAAUCGAACCAGAACAUACAAAAGUGCUGGUUGGUGACUACCUAUAUCUCAAUUGCUCCGGAGAGACCACUUACAAUGGAAGAAUGGAAUUUGAGUGGCAGUUCCACAAUAGCACAAUCAAUCGCACUCACCAAACAAAGAUAACAAGGGACCCACCUGGUAGAAUCAUCGUAAUGACUAAAGCAUUAAUCAUACCUAAUGUGACAAUGGAGGACAAGGGCACAUACAGGUGCAUAGUAUCAAAUGAUUGGAAAAAGCUGCAAGAUUCAACUAAGGCUUUCGUAUAUGAACAUCCAUUCCUCAAUGUCACUCAUAAUAAAAGUAAAGUCAUCACUGCUGCAGAGGGUAGAAAGGUGCAGUUUGAGCCACGGGUCAAUGCUCUGCCUGAACCAGACAGAGUGACAUGGUACAAAGAUGGAGUAGCCAUUUCAGAAAAUUUGACAUGCUAUGAGACAGUGGGCUAUCACCUCAUCAUUAAACAAGUAAGACAGAAGGAUGCUGGGAUCUUCACUAUCGCAUUGUCAAACCAGGAUAAGGGGCUGUACAGAAACCUCAGCUACAGGCUAGAAGUCAAAGUAAAACCAAAGAUUUCUGAGGAAGGAGUGGCUCCAGUGGGCCCCCAAACUUACAGAUAUGGCCAGAAUCACAAGCUCACCUGCACUGCAUUUGGGAUCCCCAUGCCAGUCAUUACCUGGUUUUGGCAGCCGUGUGACCCCAGCCCUGAGCUUACAGAGUGCAAAUUUUACACGGAUCCACUUCCUGUUGGAAACAGCACUGAGUCACUGAUUUAUCCUCAUAAUCUGAUUGAGGAUAUCAACAGCAAGGUCAGACUGCUUAAGAGUAAAAACAAGACUAUAGGCACCCUGGUGGUGAAAGCAGCUAAUGUGUCUGGGGUCUACUCUUGUACAGCCAGGAAUGAACUUGGGAACCGGACCAUGAGAAUCCCUUUCUAUGUGGAUGAUCAUCCACAACCUUUUGAAAUCGAGCCCUUGACAGCCAUUGUUGGAGAUGACAUAAAAUUGACUUGCAGGGGCACAAGAUUCCUCUAUGAUAGGUUGAGUUGGCUUGAUCCUCUGGGCCACACAGUGCCCAGUAGCGAAACCAUUCUUAGGAUCGAGACGUACACCAUAACUUUGUUUAUCAAGCUGACAAAUGUCUCCAGAAACCACACACUGGGCUAUGAGUGCCAAGCUUUCAAUGUAUUCUACAAUAAAGUGGUCAAUACAACAUCUGUUUUGACUAUUAAUGAGAGGCAAGUGCCCUGGCUGAUGCAGAAUUUGACCAAUCAGGACGUGAACAGCAGCAGCACCCUGACAUUGGCCUGCCUUGCUUAUGGUGUUCCGACCCCCUAUAUCACAUGGUACAAAGACAAGGCUCCUGUCACAGAAGGACCAGGAAUUAGUCUAAAAGAUGACGGGACUCUGAUCAUUGAGAGGGUGAAGAAGGAUGACGAGGGCAUGUAUGAAUGUCACGGCAGCAAUUCUGAAGGUGUAGCAAUAUCCAGUGCCGUCAUUACUGUAGUGGGAGAAGAAGGAAAACCAAACGUUGAGGUGAUCAUCUUGGUGUGUACUGGAGCAGCAGCAACAUUCCUGUGGAUUAUGCUCAUUCUCUUUAUCCGUAAAUUGAGAAGGCCAAGUUCAGCAGAUUUAAAGACUGGAUACCUGUCCAUCAUCAUGGACCCAGACCAAAUCCCCCUUGAUGAGCAGUGUGACCGUCUGCCCUAUGACAGCAACAAAUGGGAGUUCCCAAGAGACCGCCUCAGACUUGGUAAAAUUUUGGGCCAUGGAGCAUUUGGAAAAGUUGUAGAGGCCUCUGCAUUUGGCAUUGACAAGGUGUCUACUUGCAAAACUGUGGCUGUGAAAAUGCUGAAAGCGGGAGCUACAAAUAAUGAGUGGAAAGCUUUAAUGUCUGAACUAAAGAUUCUCAUACAUAUUGGCCAUCAUCUCAAUGUGGUCAAUCUGCUGGGGGCCUGCACAAAAAGUGGAGGUCCAUUAAUGAUAAUUGUUGAAUAUUGCAAAUAUGGAAACCUUUCCAACUACUUGAGGAGUAAGAGGGGUGACUUUGUCGUUUACAAGUCUCAGGAUGGUAAGGCUCUGCGUUUGAGCUCUGAGCGUGACCUGAGCGAGCUUAUCAAACGCAGGUUGGAGAGCGUGGCCAGCAACGGAAGUUCAGCCAGCUCCGGCUUCAUUGAAGAUAAGAGCUACUGCGACUCGGAGGAAGAGGAGGAAGAGCCAGAGGAUUUGUAUAAGAAAGUGCUCACUUUGGAAGACUUGAUUUGCUACAGCUUUCAAGUGGCUAAAGGCAUGGAGUUCUUGGCUUCACGAAAAUGUAUUCACCGUGAUCUGGCCGCACGUAACAUCCUGUUGUCCGAAAACAACGUAGUGAAGAUUUGUGAUUUUGGACUUGCAAGAGAUGUAUACAAGGACCCAGACUAUGUCCGCAAAGGAGAUGCCAGACUUCCCUUAAAGUGGAUGGCGCCAGAGGCAAUAUUUGACAAGAUCUAUACCACGCAGAGUGAUGUGUGGUCUUUCGGAGUGCUUAUGUGGGAGAUCUUCUCUCUGGGUGCCUCCCCUUACCCUGGCUUACACAUAGAUGAGGAAUUCUGCUGCCGAUUGAAGGAGGGCACCAGGAUGAAAGCUCCUGAAUACUCCUCCUCUGAAAUAUAUCAGACCAUGUUGGACUGCUGGCAUGGAGAACCAUCACAGAGGCCAACUUUCACAGAACUAGUAGAGAAGCUGGGAGAUCUGCUUCAGGCUAGUGUGCAGCAGGAGGGAAAGCAUUACAUCCCAAUCAACACCCUGUUGACCAAAGACGAUCCCUCAAACCCAGGAGCUACAGAGGAAACCUCUACCAGACCUGUCUCUCUUAGAGACUCAGGGAUGGCUUGGAAAAUCAAGAUCCGUCCAGCAAGUGUGAAGACCUUUGAUGAAGUAAUCCUGGACAAUGGAAUUAACAAGAUUCAUGAGGGGGGACAGACCGACAGUGGGAUUGGUCUAUCUUCAGAUGACAUGAAGACACUAAAUCGACUGGAAUCACUGGCUCGAGCGAUGAAUAGCAAAAGUAAAGAGUCAAUUCUGUUGGAGGGGGAAAAGGAGAAAUACCCAUCGUCUGUUCCUUCACUGGACUUGAGUCUGGAGGACUCUUCACUUGAUCCAGAGCUGGAAUGUCAUAGCCCACCGCCAGAUUAUAACUAUGUGGUCCGUUACUCCACGCCACCUGUCUGAAUAGGUCUGCACUAAUAUGCCACCAUAUGUCUCACCAGGUUUCAGAGGAUCUGAUUGGUUGGGUCCAUUCUGUCCCUGCACAUUAGAUAUAACAGAUGUUUGUCUCACUUUCUUCUUGUUUUAUCUUUUUUUCUGGUCUGAAAUGAUUGCAUUGAUGGUCAAAAUGGUAAUUUCAGUAGAAAAGUUUCAAGAUGUUUUUACCUUCUGUUUUUCUGAGCACUUUUUCAAGGAAGUGUAUGAGUACAGUAAAAAAAAAAGCCACUGGGCUGCCACUCAGUAUCACUGUGACAGUCACAGAUACAGCUAUGGACCACCUCAGGUAUUCCGGUCAUCUACUGUGAACACAUCAAGCACAACCUAAUACAGUAACGACACUGCUUUCCCCAGUGAAAUGGCAGAUUCUUCAUACAGAGCAGUGUCGAGUCAUUAAAUCAUUUGUUCAGUCUUUAGAAAAAGAGGAACAAAUAUUUUUAUAGUACUUCAUAUUUUAUUUCUAGACAAAUACAUUAUUGAAAUGAAAACUGGAAUCCUGUUCAUGUGAUACUGUACUUUUUUUUUGUUGUUGCUAAAAUUAUUAUUUCAGAGCUUGCCAAAAAUGGAAUCAUUGAAAGUGCAGUCUGAAAUGUAAAUUCCUGAACACAUUGAUCAUUGACACUUUGGAUGCACAUUACAUUCCUGGGUUCCACCACUCCUGUCUGAGGGUCACGUUCCUCUUGCCCAGUGAAACUAAAAUGAAUCAUUUCUGUUUCCCCACAUAGUAUUUUAUCUGACAGAAGAUCAUGGUUUUGUCUUAAAGGAAUGCAGAUGAGAAACAUUCAUCUUUUAAUCUGGUUUAAAAAUGUUUAAGAUUACCACAUCAUUGGCAAAGUGUAAUGUCUUUGAGGAUGUAGAGUAGGGCAGAAUUUCUUAUGGGUGCCGAACAUCCAGUCUAUUACUGUGAAAGUGUCUUAGAAAGCUUAAAUAAUUUAAUAAGACACAUAUUUUCUAUUAUUGAUAAGAUGUGGACCACAAUAAAAAGGCCUGGCUCUAUUCAACAAUAGUUACACUGCAUGGUGUACUUUCCGUAUUUUAUGCUGUUUACACUACUGUAUACAAAACACAUGAUAUAUUGUGCAGCUAUUAUCCAGGAAAGUACUCUGUAAUGGAUUCAGUAGCUUAUUGUGCUAAAAUACUACUAAAGCUUGCAGGGCAGGCUGAAGGAAUACUAAGAACAUAUAAAAUUGUCAACAGGCUGGUCUCUACACAUAAAUAAUAAUUCAUUAUAAUUUGAGUAAAAGCAUGUGCACACAUGUAGACAUAAUCAGUAUUAACUCUGUAACAAUUGUAUAUGAAUUAAACCAACUGUGGGAUGGAAUGGGUGGGGAAUCCGGUUUGAAAAUUGUUCAUCCAGAUUUGAUAUUGACUUUGAAGGAAAGCUUUUACCCCAUAUCAUUGCAAACCAUUUUUGUUUUAGGUCCCAGUACCGCAUUCAACUGGUAGACUGUUUUUCAAAAAUAAUUAAAAAUAAAUAAUGUGCAGUGCUGUGAAAAAAUAUUUGUCCCCUUCCUAAUUUCUUCUAUUUUUGUGCAUUUGUCAUGCUAAAUUGUUUUAGAUCUUCAAACGAGAUAUAACAUAAAACAAAGGCAACUUGAGGAAACACAAAAUUCUGUUUUCAAAUAUAAUUUACAUUUUCAAUGAAGCAAAAACAUUAUCCAACAUCCACAACGCUGUGGAGAAAUUUUUGACCCACUCUACUUUGCAGAACUGUCUGUUUAAGGUCCUGCCACAGCAUCUCACUCAGGUUCAAGUCAGGAAUUUGACUAGGCCACUCCUAAACUUUAAUUUAGCUUCUUUUGAGCCAUUCAGAGGUGAACUUCCUAUGCUUUGGAUCAGUGUCGUCAUGUAUCAUCCAGUUGUGCUUGAGCUUCAACUCAUGGACUGAUGACCAGACAUUCUCCUUUAGGAUUUUCUGGUAGAGAGCAUGUGCCCCUCAAUUGUUGCAAGUCACCCUGGCCCUAAAGCAACAAAGCAUUCCAACAGCAUCACACUAUCACCAACAUACUAGACUGUAUUUAUGAUGUUUACAUUUACAUUUACAUUUAUUCAUUUGGCAGACGCUUUUAUCCAAAGCGACUUACAAAAGAGGAAGAACAUCAGCGAAUCAUCUUAGGGAGACAGUGGUACAAAAAGUGCCAUAUUACAAAGUUUCACUAUCAUCAUAAUAGUAUACAAAACAGAUUUAAGUGCAACAAGAAAUGUAAAUAUAUAUAUAUAUAUAUAUUUUUUUUUUUUUUUUUUUUUUUUUUUUUAUUGACCGGUUAAGUGCUUUUGGAAAAGAUGUGUUUUUAGCCGUUUUUUGAAGAUAGAGAGUGAGUUAGCUUCCCGGAUUGAGUUGGGAAGGUCAUUCCACCACCGUGGUAUGAUGAAACUGAAAGUCCGGGAAAGUGUUUUGGUGCCUCUUUGUUUUGGUACGACAAGGCGACGUUCCUUAGCCGACCGCAGGCUUCUGGUGGGAACGUAGCUCUGCAUAAAUGUUUUAAGGUAUGCUGGAGCAGACCCAGUGACUGUUUUAUAUGCCAGCAUCAGGGCCUUGAAUUUAAAACGGGCAUGAACCGGCAGCCAGUGGAGAGAGACAAAGAGUGGUGUAACGUGUGCUCUCUUAGGUUCAUUAAAGACCAGACGUGCUGCUGCAUUCUGGAUCAUUUGGAGAGGUCUAAUAGCACAUGCAGGAAGGCCUGCAAUGAGAGCGUUAGAGUAGUCCAGUCUAGUUAUGACAAGGGACUGAACGAGCAGUUGUGUGGCAUGUACAGAGAGGAAGGGUCUUAUCUUCCUGAUAUUGUAGAGUGUAAAUCUACAAGAUCUUGCAGUUUUUGAAAUGUGGUCUGUGAAAUUUAGCUCAUCAUCAAUGGUUACCCCUAGAUUUCUGACCGUUUUGGAAGGCGAAACUGUAGUUGGACCCAGCUGCACGGUGAUGUUGUGUUCAACAGCAGGGUUGGCUGGAAAGACAAGGAGUUCUGUCUUGGCAGGGUUGAGUUGAAGGUGGUGUUCCUUCAUCCAGGCAGAGAUGUCUGCCAGACAGGCAGCGAUUCGAACGGUCACUGUGGUGUCGUUGG